UUCUAAAUUCGAGUGGGAGAAUGCUAUUUAAUAAUGAAAUCAGUUAUGUAAAAAAUUUUGCACAGUGCUUUUCUGAAUACUAAUUGAAUUAUUGGCAUUGUAUUAUACAAUGUUUUCGCCAGUUAUUAAUUGAUAGACGUUUCUUUUGUACAAACGUCGGUAGAUCAGAGGAAAAGGCGUCUCAUUUGCAUCCCCCAAACGAAGCUAUUCUGGCACCUGUCCCACCAAAGAUACCACUUGCCUGACCAACCUACAACAACUCGCCACCAAUAGCCAGCUAUUCACGUGACGACCGAAGCAUUAUAAAGUUGUACUACAUGUUGUUUAACGAAGCUACGGUACUGACGAAGAUUUCUCAGUGAUUAUUGCUGUUUGUAAUAUUAAUGAUCACAGGUUGAGGAACCAGGUGGGUCAAUGUAGCAGCCAUGUUUGGAUACAGCGAUGCAGCUUCUCCUCAUCUGGCAGAUCAAUUAGAUGCUACUUACCUUCCCAAUGACAGGUUCGAGGAAAGAGCUUCCUCGCCUCAGACCACAGAAAUUCUUUCCAGUAUAAUGACAUGGGCGACGUCGAGUAUGCCUUCCAGUUAUUCUCAGAAUGACUAUUAUAGUGACCAAUCACCUCUGACUCCGUCACCUCAACCUAUGACUCCACCCACUCCUACAUCUAGCGUACAGGCCACUCGCUCUUACCUUAUCAAAGAGGGGUUGAAACUGACCAUCCAAUCAAAACGAAUGGCGCUGGGAUUGGAUCAAAUUAGACCCGAAUUCAGUUCUAAUACAAAUAAUGAGUUAACUCCUGAAGAUGAAGAAAGGAGACUUCGAAGGAGGGAAAGAAACAAAUUGGCAGCCACCAAAUGCAGAAAUAAAAAGAAAGAAAGGACUCAAAGAUUAACGAAGGAAUCGGAAUAUUUAGAAGCCGAAAAUCAUGCUUUGAUACAAGAGAUCGAAGUAUUGAGAAAAGAGAAGCAAAAACUUUUAGAUUUGCUGAGCAAUCAUCUCCCCCUCUGUGAUCUUCCAGCGCCAUGUAACUCUUGCGCGCAUGCACAACCCUGCUCUGUGAUCUGACAGAUCUGAAACGAAAAGCAGAAUCGCGGAGGACGUUAUCUCCCUGUACAAUGGAAAAGGCACAAUUUUUAUUCUCAGGCUAAAUUGUAAGCACGAGAUCUGAAUGCCUUCUCUAAAGGAAAUCAGUAUUUUUAGAAAUUGUCUGAAGACAAGGUAGUCAAACAAUACAGUAUUCUAACUUAAUAUCACAACUAGUCCCGAUAAUAGUGAAAAGUGGCAUGACCCUAAUCCGACCCUGUCACGUGCCUUAGCCAAAAAUAUCUAAAAAUGUUUCCUUCGCUAGAUGAUGGACUUGUUGCGAAGAGUGUGUGAGUCACAGUGGCUCGAGUUGCGGUGAGUCUUAAUUUGGGUGGCAGCAUUGCACAUUGUUGUGAAAUACUCUGUGAUAGUUGUUCGUGUGCAGUAUUAAAACUUUUAACUGGUAUUAUUUGUUUGACUAUUUUCCUUGUCAGAAUUUAAUUUUGUAAUUUUGUAUAAAUCAAUUUAAAUUUUUUUUUGUCUCUUUGAGUGCUAAACAGAUUUAUUAUCGCUCAGUCCCAAAUCCGUGUAAAAAACUUUUGUUUUUUUUUAAAUGUAAUAGCCGAAAUAUACGGGAGUAUAUUUUGUACUAAUGGUGCUAUAAAAGAGCAAUUGGGACCUAUCUUAUGUACAUUCUUAUCUUGUAUAUGGAGCUUUAUAAUGUGUAUAUGCCAUGUUUGUGAAUAAAGUAUUUUAUAUUAUCGAA